CCUCGCCACCGUCCCCCUCACCGCCCCCCACCAUCACCACCACCAUCACCACGGCCGACUUGGCUCGCUCCCUCGCUGCUCCCUCGCUCGCUCGCUCCGGCCUCUCUCAAUCCGCGUCCAUCCUCGUGCAGAGCGGGACCGUCACCCGGGAUCAGCCCCCCGCACGCGCGCAGAUAUGCCCAUCCAGACGACUGACACAGCCCCAGUGGCACAGAAGGAAUCACGCCCAGUUCAGGUGGAGUCUGGAUCUGGAACGGAAUCGGACAGCGAUGAGUCCAUCCCUGAAUUGGAGGAGCAAACAGACUCCACAUCACAGGCCCAUUCUCAGCAAGCACAGCUGGCAGCUGCGGCAGAGCUGAACGAAGAGUUGGUGAGCAAAGCCAAGCAGAGCCGCAGCGAGAAGAAGGCUCGUAAGGCCAUGUCAAAGCUGGGGCUGCGUCAGGUGGGCGGUGUGACGCGCGUCACCAUCCGGAAGUCCAAGAACAUUCUCUUCGUUAUCACCAAGCCUGAUGUGUACAAGAGCCCUGCCUCGGACACCUACAUCGUCUUUGGAGAGGCUAAGAUUGAAGACCUGUCCCAGCAGGCGCAGAUGGCAGCGGCUGAGAAGUUCAAGGUUCCCGGGGAGGCAGCGCCGGGCGUUCAGGAGCGCGUGCAGCCACCCCCCGUGCCCGAGGAGAGCGAAGAAGAGGAGGAGGUGGACGAGACUGGCGUGGAAGCCAAGGACAUCGAGCUGGUGAUGUCGCAGGCCAAUGUGUCACGCUCAAAGGCUGUGCGUGCACUCAAGAACAACAGCAACGACAUUGUUAACGCCAUCAUGGAAUUAACAAUGUAGUGCCCGUGACAUCUCGGAGUGGACUGCCAUCUCCACGUUUUUACUCCGUGUCUCAAUAAAUAUUUAUCACAA